AUGACAACCCUCACUCUCACCGAGCCAAGUAGCUCCAAAUUUGACAUUGAGCUUCAAGCUCCUUCUUCCCCUUACUUCCCAGACAAGAAGCGAGCAUCAAUCUCAGGAGGCGAACACCAAAGCGAAAACAGAAGCGAACCAAAACUAGGACAUCCAGAUGUUGAAGAUCUCAGAGAAGAAGCUAUUCCUCCAGAUACAGCUGUCGAAGCUCUUCAAACAUGGCAUUCUCCGCGAAUAAACAUGUAUCGAGUGUUUGCAACAUUCUGGUCUUUCUUCACUGUUGGCAUGAACGAUGGAUCAUAUGGUGCCUUAGUACCUCACCUCGAAAAAUACUACACCCUAAGCUACACAGUCGUCUCUCUAAUCUUCCUCUCUCCAUUCGUCGGCUACUCCCUCUCCUCAAUCCUCAACAACCACGUCCACAUCCGUCUCGGCCAAAGAGGCGUAGCGAUCAUAGGUCCAGCUUGCCAUCUCGUCUCCUACAUCAUCAUCGCCAACCAUCCUCCCUACCCAGUCCUAGUCGUGAUGUUCAUCUUCGUAGGCUUUGGCAACGGUCUCAUCGACGCAGCAUGGUGUGCCUGGAUAGGAAACAUGGCGAAUGCGAAUGAAGUCCAAGGCGUCCUUCAAGCUUGCUAUGCCCUAGGUGCAACUGUCGCUCCCCUCAUAGCAACAGGCUUAAUCUCAUCCGGAGGCCUGGGAUGGUACUCAUUCUACUACAUCAUGAUAGCAACAUCCACCCUCGAACUCCUCACCUCAUCAACCACCUUCUGGUCCCAAACCGGCACCAUCUACGCCGCCGAGAACCCCCGCGACCCCUCCUCCUCCUCCUCCACAGGCCGCACCCGCGAAGCCCUCAAGAACAAACUAACCUGGAUCUUCGCCCUCUUCAUCUUCGGCUACAUGGGCGCCGAGAUCUCCCUCGGCGGCUGGAUCGUAACCUUCAUGGCGAACGUCCGGCACGCCAACGCCUUUGCGUCCGGUGCCACUGCAACGGGCUUCUGGGCCGGUAUGACGGUCGGUCGUCUGGGCCUCUCGUUCCUGACGGCGAAAUUGGGAGAGUGGAAAUCAGUCAUCUUGUACCUGUCCUGUGCCGCGGCACUCGAGCUCAUCUUCUGGCUGGUGCCGAAUCUGGUCGUGUCUGCAGUGGCGAUUGCGUUGAUGGGCGUGUUUAUGGGUCCGAUGUUCCCGACUGCCAUUGUGUUGGUAGCUAAACUGCUGCCGAAAUCGUUGCACGUGGGAACUAUUGGGUUCGCGACGGCGUUUGGGGGGUCGGGAGGUGCGAUCUUUCCUUUCAUUGUAGGGGCUAUUGCUCAAGCGAAGGGGGUGAAGACUUUGCAGCCGGUGAUUUUGGCGUUGUUGGUUGCUAUUGCGGGGUUGUGGAUUGUGUUGCCUGGGGCGAGGAGUAUUAAAGGGAGUAUGAAUAGACGGGGCGAGACGGAGACUGAAGGGAUGGAGAUGAGUGGUGGUGUUGCGCGAAGUGAGUAA